AUGAAGAACAGAACAUCAGGGUUGCUUAAGCAGAUCAUAUCAAAUCUGAGCUCAAUGGCCAAGUCAAAAACCAUGGCCUUGAAGUCCAAAACAAACGCCAUAAGGGCUCGUUUGAUCAUAUUCUCGUUGAUGAAGAACAAGAAGUUGUUGAUGAGUUCCCUCUCUGAGAAGUUCCAUUCUGUAUGGGGGCACAGUUCUCAGUCCAAGGAUGAUUGCUUAUUGGAAGAUGGCAAUGACCAAAGCAAGGCCAUAGUGUUGUACAACAAUUCACACUCCUAUGAGGCCUUGCCAAACCCCUGUGAAACCCUAGUGGUUGAGGAGCAAGACCAAGAUGACUAUGAAGGUUACUACAACUAUGAUGAUGAUGAUGAUGACAAGUACCCGGAUCUCACACACUCCCUUUUUGAGUCUGAGGAUUUGGAUCUUGGAAGGUCAGUGAUUGACUUGGUGAAGAAUUCAAAGGAAGAAGAAGGGAAAGAGUUUAAACUGGAGGAUGAGAUUGACUUUGCGGCAGACCUUUUCAUCAGGAAGUUCCGUAGGCAAAUGGUGUUGCAGAAGCAAGAGUCAUUGAAGAGGAAGAGGGAAAUGCAGGAAAAUGGUGCAUGA